UUGCUGCACUGACACUUCUGGAUCCGGAAUCAUGCGGAAAGCUAAAGAGCUGUCCAAAGAUCUAUGGGAAAAGGUAACUGAACUGUACAAGACAGGAAAUGGAUCUAAGAAGUUAUCCCAGAAACUGAGAUUAGUCAGCAGUGGUCAAACUUUGAUCAAGAAGUGGAGAGUGAGGGAUCAUGCUGGUCACAAACAUUUGUGGCACAACUGCAAGAAAAAUCAUUAAGGAUCCAAAGAAAGACCAGAAAUCCCUUCAGCUGUUAUCCAGGACUAAGGAUCCGGCCCACCAGGGCGGGGUCUGAGGCUGAGAGUGAGGUGAUGGUGUUGGACUCGGGGGAUAUCUUCAUGGAUCAGGCUGCAGGUGAAGGUGUGGGGGGCUGGAAUAUCCAAACAACCCCCCCAGGUGGUCCCGGCGCCCCCAUCUCAAAGAACAAAACAACAAAAAAGGAGAAGGUUUCUGCAAACGGGCUCCCCGCAGCAGCGAGCGCCCCCCAGGCGGCACAGAGGAGAUCCACGUCACUGAGAUGUGGGGGGCGGCCUGCACUACGGCGCCCACUCAGCCUGGAGAUGACCUCCCAGCGCCAGCGAGGGUCUGUGGAUCAGGGGGAGGAGCGGAGGAACCUUCAACCUCCCUGGCGCAGUGGGUCUGCUGCCCCCUCGCCCCCCCACCGCAGCCUGACCAGCCCCAGCCUGGCGGGGGGCGGCUGGAUGCGGCGCAGCGAGAGCACCUGCUCCGUCAACUACCCGCAGUCGCUGCGAGCCGGGAGGGGACAGAUGCGGCCAGCCACCUCCCUCCCCCACAUUGCUAAGGGAGUGGUGCCCCCACCGCCCCGGCCCUGCCUGCUGGUGGCCCUCAGACCCCUGAACCUGGAGCAGGAGAAGCAGGCCUUCUUCCAGUCCGACUUCAGCUACGAGCCUCAGUUUGAAUACGCACAGCCGGAGCCGCGGGGCGUCCUGGACAAGUACCGGGACGGGGCGGGCCUCUUCCUGGAGCAGGCCGUGGGAAUCAUGGAGUGCGUCCUGAGGAAGUUUGGCUCCUAUGAGAACUUUGAGGAGGUGACGGGGGGCAGCGUACUCCCCAAAAGUCAAGUGUGGGCAGCCGUGCGCAAAUACCUGCAGAAGGAGGGCUGCGUGGGCGAGGUUGUGGUGCGUCUGUCGGAUGAGCUCCUGUCUCAGGCCGUUAUGGUGGUGGAGAGUUGUCGUCCCACUCUGACCAUCAACCUGGGCGGGGCCAGGCAGCACUGGCUGGAGGGGAUGCUGAGGCACGAGAUCGGAACUCAUUAUCUGCGAGGCGUCAACAACAGUCUGCAGCCGUGGGCGUCGGCCGACGGCAGGAAGCAGUUCGGCCUGAAACCCGCCAACCCCACGGAGGAGGGGCUGGCCAGCCUGCACAGCGUGCUGCUGCGGAAGCAGCCGUACCUGUGGCGCGCCGCGCUGCUGUACUACACCGUGUUCCACGCCGCCAGCAUGAGCUUCAGCCAGCUCUUCAGGCACAUCGCCCGCUUCGUGCACGACCCCGACGUGCGCUGGGAGUACUGCCUGAGAGCCAAGAGGGGACAGACGGACACCUCCCAGCCGGGCUGCUUCAGCAAAGAUCAGGUCUACCUGGACGGGAUCCUGAGGAUCCUUCGGCAUCGGAGAAGCAUCGAUUUCAAAAUGCUGACCUCUCUAGGAAAGGUGUCUUAUGAGGAUGUGGAGAGACUCCGUCCGUUUGCAGAUCUUUCCCGGACCAGAAUCCCUCACUUCAUGCGGGACCCGGAGAAGUACCUUCAUCAUCUGGACCACAUCGUCUCCGUCAACGAGCUGGACGACUCCGUGCUGGAGCAGCUGCUCCCCUGAGACUCCGCCCCCACAAAGCGGGAGGACACUGAAUUUUAAUAGGAGACGUUGUGCGGUCACACUUGAAGGGGGAGGAGUCUGCGCUUCACUGCAUGUUUGCUGGUCCUGCUGCACACACGUACCUCAGAAACCAAACGCCAUCCAUGUGCGCUUCUCUGUGCACUGCUUCACUGCUUCAGUCUGCUUCACUCAGAGCUCACGAUUGUCUGGUUUCAGCUUUAUGUUGGAUGCCUUAGAACUUCUGUUUUCUAACAUGUUUAAGAAGAAUCCUCUCAUAUCAAGUGCCAGACGUCCACAGGUCUCACCUGAGCUUCAGUCUGAAGAUGUAGCCGUCAGAAAAAGGGUGUGGGGGGGCAAGUCUGUGACUGCUAAAUCCCUAACCCCCCCCUAAAGAAGUGCUGACACUAAACGUAUAAAUAUGGAAGCUACUGAGCAUGCUCAGUUAGGCCUGAACUCUACAAUGCUUCAAAACAUUCAACUUCUGAUCACAUAAGAGGCUCUGGAAAACUCCUGGAGAGUCAUGUGACCCCCCCAGACCGGCCUCUCUUCACAGACAUCCUGCAGAGGUGAGGGGGUUGAAGUGUUGUGGCUGUGCCUUUGCUGUGUGGAUCUCACCUGUGAGUUCGUCAGCUGCUCUUUGCUGCGUUUCAUACUGAAGAUGUCACAUGAUCUGUUUCAGAACCACAGGUCAACUGUGACCUUAAACAGUACUUAAUGCUGACCUGUUUGAUUCCUGUAAGGCAGAUGGGGGGGUGGUCCCUGCCCCCCUCCCCGAAGAAAAGCACUGCACAGUCCAUGUAGUAGAAUCAUUAUGAAUUUAUGGUUUAUGUAUUGACUUAAAUGCACAAAUCUCCUCAGAGCCGUGGUUACUUCCUGCAGGCGUCGUAGGGGGGGGGGGCUGUGGAGGGCGGAGCUUAUCCCUUCAUUGUGUUUAACCUGAGGGAGUGAGAAGCUCUGCUGUGCGAUCCCCUUAAUGUCCUCAGGACGGCGCUCCUCCUGCAGGUUUAGGUUCUACCUUCACUGCACAGAGAGAAUCCUGGAAGAACUGGGUUCUGUCAGUGACAGGAGUUCCAGGAACCGGUCAGCAGGCGCUGGACCCUCUGUGCUCAAACGCUUUUAAUCUGUUGCACCAAAAAGGAUUCAAAUCUACGUUAGCAUUCUUAUUUAUUACUGCUGAAAUGCAAAGCAGCGUCGACACCCGAUGAGUGAAUUGUGAAUGGAUGUUUGUGUCUGUUCCUUCUGGACCUGGAUUGUCGGGCAUGGCAGCUUUGCAGUGGUUUUUAAAUAAAUGUCUUUCAUAUUUUGA